ACCACCACCACCACUCCACAAGAGAGGUUCAACAAACAUGAUCCGACCCUUAUGACCAGUUUGCACCAUGGAAUCUUGGGCUAAGUAACAUAUAUAAAUAUGCUAAUGCAUUGGAGGGAGUUUUGUAGUAUUCUUCAAAAUCGUUCCAACAUGUCUUGCAAAGGAGAUAUUGUGGUUGGUGUGGAGGAAGGAUUGUUUCUUUUACCUUCAAACCUAUUCAAUGAACUCUUUCUUGAUCGUAUAGGUCCACUGCCACAGAGGAAUAUAAGAGGUAGCUACCAAAAUCGGAAGCCAAGAAUGUGGUACACGUUGAACCACUAUGGUUCCAUGGACAAGCCAAGUAAGGAUGCAGGUGCAGCAAAAGUUAAGCCACGAGGCACUGGAGUGUUUCUUCCCGAGAGACCAGUGAGUAGCUUAGAAGAGAAGAGACUCACGAAGAAGCCAUGCCCUGUUGUCACCUCCUCUCAUUCUAGACAAGUCUUUCUUCCCAAGGAAUGGGCUUAUUAGCUAGUAAUAAGCAUUUAAUUACUUUAUGUAUAUCUAUACUAGUAUU